UCAGAUGCUCGCCGUGGGGGUGCGUCAUGCGCUCCUUUUUCGCUCGCUUUGCGCUUGCUGUUUGCGUCCCUCUACUGUUGUUGUUCGUUUGUGGCAUCAGGGCUUCAAGUUCGUUCAUUUCCAUCAAACAGGGCGACAGUUCCAAACAUUAUCUCAAUGAGAUAGAGCAUUUUAUGGGACAGAAGCCAAGCAAAUCAGCGAAGAGAGGUCAAGAUAUAAUACUAAAAAGAAUCAUGGGCAAAGCCGAUCGUACUAAAAAAUCCGGAGAAAUGAAGGCGGUUGAAGGUGGUGGUAGCAAGCGGAAGCGCGAACCUCCAAAGCACUAUGUUGCUGAGGCGACCACUAGCAAGCGCCAGAGAGUCAGCAACAGGGACAAGGGGAAGGUUACCAAGCACAGAGAAAGGGAAGAAAGCGACUCUGAAGAAGCUGAAUAUGAAGUUGAGAGCAUCAUCGAUGAGAAAUUUGUGCGAGGAAAGCGUCAGUUCAAGGUGCGAUGGCUCAACUAUGGACCCAAGCACGACUGCUGGGUGCCUGAGGAGGACAUGAGCGCCAAGAAGCUGAUCCUGGAAUUCGAGCAGAAAAAGGCGGCUGAGGAAGAGAACGAAGACGAAGAUGAUGACUAUGAGGUCGAGGAGUGCAUUGAUGUGCGUGGAACGAAGGGCAACCGGGAGUUCCUCAUCAAGUGGAAGAAUUACUCCUCCCGUUCCAACACUUGGGAGCCUGAGGAGAACCUCGACUGCCCAGACCUGAUGAAAAAGUGUCUUGAGAAGAAGAAGAACCCCAGCAAGGCAGCUCCCAAGAGCAAGAAGACCCCGAAGAAAAAGGGGCCGGGAAAGAAGACGCCAAAUAAAAAGCAGAAGAAAAAUGCGAAGAACGGCAAAGCAGACGAGUCCGAAGAAGAAACCCAUGAAGAAGCGAUAGAGGACGAAGCGGAGAAGGAGGAGACUGCUGAAGACGAUGAAGAUGAUGCAGAACAAGAUGAAAAUCGCAAGGAAGAUGCAGAGGAGGAGGGCCACGCUGACAACGAGGAGGAGCCUGACGAGGACGAUGAGAAGCCCUCCAAACCAGGACCCAAGUCGAAGAAGAAGAAGUAGGCGUGAGUUGUACAAAAACUUUUAAUCUUUAUACUUGGCCCUCGGACACACAAAACAAUGCUUAGCAGCCGAUUCAUCGCUCCCUGCGAUGGCCAGCAUUUCAUUUUCAAAUAUGAUUAAUUGUAACGCUCUAGAUAUUAAAUUAGAACCUAUGAAUCGUGUCAAAAUUAACUCAUCUUGAUGAAUGGCUAUGCCAGUGCUCCAGUAAAAUUAGGAGUGGUUCAAAAAUGCAAAGUAAAAAACUUCACCCAGCCAUUACGCGUGUAUUUGUUCCACACCUGGCAACUUUCGUUCAACUAACAAAAUUCAGUUUGAUUUAAUUGCGAAUAUAGGUAAGAAAUGAAUAUCAAUCGCUCUUAGCUGUAUCACUGUUUGCCUGCCAGCAAACUGCGCAAGUUUUGUCCAUAACGUUGAAAACUUAAUUGUAGGAAUAGAUCAAAAGAUCCUGGGUUGAACGUUCGCAAGUUCGCAAUUCUUUCUUCAUUUAAAUUUUUAACGACAUAUGUAAUGAUUUGCUGUAUGCAUGAACCAUAUGGAAAUUUUUGUAGCAUUAAUUGUGUGACAUGAUGGAGCAAUGGGGAAAUAAAAUUAUAAUAAAAGUA